AUGGCCACCUGGAGGCAUCCCCGGUCGCGUCAGUGCCAUCUGUUGGACUAUGUCCUCGUCCGCGGGCGAGAUCAGCGGGACGUGCUGAGGACAAAGGCGAUCGCGGGCGCUGGAGGGUGGACUGAUCAUCGCCUAGUCAUCUCCAAGAUGCGGAUUCGCCAAGGACCUCGAGGUAAGCGAUCCCCAGCUAAGUUGAAUACUGCCUUGUUGUCUUUGCCUGCUCACCAUCUCCGCUUCAGCAGCGAGUUAGCUCAACGGCUAGACAACCUUCCAGUCGCCGCCGUCGCCGACGCCAUGGAAGAGGACGUCUUCGUUGAGAUCAGUGGUGUCAGCUGCGGGACACAUUCCAGUCAACGGCCCUGGCUGUCCUCGCUCACGCACGUCGCCAACAUCAUGACUGGUUUGAUGUCAGCAAUGGCGCCGCCACCAGCAACCUGCUCGCCGAGAAGAACCGCCUGCACAAAGUCCACGUCAUCCGCCCCACCGACGACAAAAAGGCAACCUUCUACUGUAGUCGUCGCGUUGUGCAAGAGCGGCUGCGGGAGACGCAGGACGCUUGGACGGCUCGCAAGACCGGAGAGAUCCAAUGCUACGUGGAUCGCAACGAAUGGAACAAUUUGUUCUCCGCGAUCAAGGCUGUCUACGGUGCGCCAGCCAAAGGUACUGUUUCUCUUCUCAGCGCCGACGGAAGUACCCUACUCACCAAGAAGACAUAA